UUCACCGUCCUGCCGCUGCUGCGUUCAGAUCCGUGUCGCAACCUUCUCAAACGACACCUCUCCGGCGGCAUAUUUCGCUGUCCGUCGGCUUCCAGUCGCUCCUCGCAAGAUGCGGCACAGUUGUGCAGACGGUAUCGGAAGUGCUCAGGGAACCGCAUAGCUGUUAAAUGAUCAUGCUGCCCAGCUCGCAUUAACACCGUGUCAGGCCAAACAACGUUAAUGCAACAAAUAUGUCUGCUCGCUGAGAGAGCAGCCGUUGGUGUUCUGUUGAGUUCAAGUUCCCAGGUGUGGUGGUGAGCCCAUGGAGAAGCCGUCAGCUUCAGGCAGAGCAGCGCUGGAGGAAAGCAAAGGCCUGGUAGAGGAUGUUGGAGUGCUGAGAGGCGCGGAGGGUGGAGAGGUGGAUCAUCAGACGGCGAGGAAGAGCAGCUCAUCUCGCUCCUCCCGCAAGAGCUUCCGGCUGGACUACCGGCUGGAGGAGGAUGUGACGAAAUCCUGUCAAGACAAACACGGCCGCUGGACCAACCCUUGGCCCACAUGGCGGUUCCCUUCCUACACCACCCUGCUCAGGUUCCUGUUGUGGGACAAAAAUCACAGCAAUAUACCAAGUAACAAAGAGCUCCUGGACAGUGAGCUCCCAGUGAUGGAACCGUACUUCGUCCAGAGCCCAGACCUCUCUGAAUCAGGUCCAGGACUGAGAGUCACCUGGCUGGGCCACGCCACGGUUCUGGUUGAAAUGGACGGGCUGAAUAUUCUGACAGACCCAAUUUUCAGCCAGAGGGCCUCGAUGUUCCAGUUCCUUGGGCCCAAAAGAUACCGAGGGCCCCCCUGCACUGUGGAACAGCUGCCAAGGAUCGAUGCUGUUGUCAUCAGUCAUUCUCAUUAUGACCAUCUGGAUGCUGGAUCAGUGGCCAGCCUCAACCAACGCUUUGGAGGGGAGCUACGCUGGUUCGUGCCUCUGGGUCUGAUGGACUGGCUGACGAAGAUGGGCUGCGAGAACGUGAUGGAGCUGGACUGGUGGGAGGAGAACUGUGUGCCGGGUCACGAUGACGUCACAUUUGUCUGCACGCCCGCUCAGCACUGGAGCAAACGCACCGCACUGGACGAUAACAAGUCUCUGUGGGGCAGCUGGUGUGUUUUGGGUCCGGACCACCGAUUCUUCUUCGCUGGUGAUACCGGCUACUGCUCUUCCUUCCAGGAGAUCGGCCGACGCUACGGACCAUUUGACCUCGCAGCAAUCCCCAUCGGAGCUUACAACCCCAGGGAUAUGAUGCAGGGGCAACAUGUCGACCCAGAGGAGGCUGUUCAGAUUCACCAGGACGUCCAGGCCAAACAGUCUGUAGCCAUUCACUGGGGAACCUUUGCUCUCGCCUAUGAGUACUACCUGGAGCCACCGGCUCGGCUCAGAGCGGCCCUGGAACAGAAAGGACUGAAGCCAGAAUCCUUCUUUACCUUACAUCAUGGGGAGUCUCGCCUUAUAGCUUCACAGCAGGGAGACGUCUUUGACUGAUCGUCUCCGGAGUGUUGUGUGGCUGCUGAAGACUGGUGUCUGUAACAAAACGCUGAACAUUUUAAUUUGUCAUGUAUCGAUGGACUUCAGUGAUCUAAGCUUGAAGUGCAGACUAUGCAGACUACAAACAGUCACAUGUUCCUCAGUACUGUUUACAUACUGAAUGUUUUCCCUGCCACCAUCACAGUGGUCUUUACUACCUACAGGAGCUGCGACUCCACGAUAAAAAAAAAACAAAAACCAGAUUAGAUGUGUGUAAUUCUUGUAAGCUGAAAACCUGCUCAUCCCAAGGCUCAUGAGGAACAAGGUAUCUGAUGUCCACACAGAUGUCAGCUCUUACUACCAGUGUUGGUACAGUAUGUAGUUUAAGUCACACAUAACAUUUAGGUCAUCAAAAUAUGAAAAAGAGCACAAGUAGCAGUUUUCCUCAGGUUUUCUGCAGUUUAAUUUAGAUUCCAUGAAUUUUGUUACACACGAAUGUCAAAAGAUUUUUUGUGUGGUGUGUGUUCACUACUACUGCGCCCCGGGGGAGAGAACAUUAAGUGUUGAUGAGGCUUUUUCCUCCAGUCUGGGAUGAGAACAAAAACAACAUUUGCACGCUUAUGUCAUCAGUUGCCAUAUAACUCCUGGUCAGGAGACCAGCGUGUGACCAGAAGACUUUUGUCAACAUCAGUAAAUCUUAAGUAGUAGCUGUUGCUCAUGAAUGGAGAUACUAAUGUAGGUAACAAUGUGGGUUUGAACCACAAACCUUCAGUAUGAAGCUGGACCUGAGACUGCAGUGUGACGUAGCUGUAUGUUGACACAUAGCUGGACUUCCUGUGAGCUGUAACAUGAAAAAAACAAAACAAGCUAUUAGAGUUAUUUAGAGUAGGAUCUUUAAAGAUUGGUGCUAGCAAAAGGUUUUUUCUGAAUGUACUCUGGCCAACCCAAAACACAAAUGUUAGAAGAAAUCUAUUUUUGUUGCCUGUGAUAUUAAUGCCACUGUAUGCUAAUAGAAUGUGCAGCUGAAUGGAUGUGAGAUGCAGGUAGAAGCUGAGCUGGCUUCGGCUUCAUGCUCUGCAAACGUUGUGCUUUGUUCCUGCUUCAUCUGCUUUUGAUGCUCUGAAACCACAGCGCAAAGUCAUUCUCUCUCUCUCUCUCUCUCUCUCUCUCUCUCUCUCUCUCUCUCUCAUCAGUGUGAUCAUUUACACCUAGAAACUCGAGUGAUCAUACGUGUUUGCCUGUGAACGCAGCAGUAGAAUCAUUUUAGUAACUGUUCAAGUGAUUUGACUUUUUGUAAUGCUGGAUCUUGAAAAGCCAGAAUGUACAAGCAGUCAACAGCAAAAUGUUGAGUUAAUUCAGUACCCAGGUUAUAGAAACAAGGCCAAACAGUGCUAACUGUGGUUUACACUUGAUCCAUGUCACUAAGUUACCCAUUAAAUAUAACCAACAUUUCAA